GGGGAACGUGACGUCACGUGAUUGUGUUCUACUCCCAAGCUACGCGUGCGUUGGCUACAUUUGAGAUUUUUUUUAAUCGAAUGUGGAAAUAGUCUCGUAUUUUGAGCGGAUGUUCUUUUACAUUAAAAAUAUCCUCAUAUAAUGCAAUUGAAGUACGUCACAUAGUAACGGAAAUCCUGGUUUAGAAAAUAAGGCCGUUGAGUUUGGGUCUGGAUAUAAUUUAUUUCCAACUGGCGGAACACAUCGAAUUGUAAUGGCAGAAAACAACUUCCCUCCCCUACCCGGCUUCAUCAAGCUGAAGCCGUGCUUCUAUCAGGACUUCAACGAGAUCCCGGAUGUGCACCGAUCCAUGUGCAAAAAGCUCUACUACCUGUGGAUCUUUAACAGUGUUACCUUGGCGGUCAAUCUUAUUGGCUGCCUGGCAUGGAUGUGCGGUGGAGGCGGAGCUACUAAUUUUGGCAUGGCCAUCAUUUGGCUCCUCCUCUUCACCCCCUGCUCCUACGUGUGCUGGUUCAGGCCCAUCUACAAGGCCUUCAAGACUGACAGUUCAUUCAACUUCAUGGCAUUCUUCUUCGUGUUCAUGGCCCAGGUCGUGAUCAGUAUUAUCCAGUGUAUUGGAAUCCCAGGUUGGGGAGUCUGUGGCUGGUUGGCUACCAUAACCUUCUUCAGCACCAAUAUAGGUUCUGCGGUGGUCAUGCUGAUCCCCACCAUCAUGUUCACAGUCAUGGCUGUUUUCUCCUUCUUAGGUCUUACUAAGGUGCACAACAUGUACCGUGGCACUGGGGGCAGCAUGAGCAAAGCCCAGGAGGAGUGGACCACCGGGGCCUGGAAGAACCCCCACGUCCAGCAGGCGGCACAGCAGGCAGCCGUGGGCGUGGCGCAGGGGGCCAUGCAGCCUCAGCAGCAGUACUCCCAGGCACCCACUUACAACUACGACGACCCUGGCAUGUAAGGCAGGGCGGAGGACAGGGUGAGGUGACGCCAGGGCGGGGGGGAAGGGGGGGGUUUGGGUUGGGGGGUCGGGUCGGUGCCAAUUCAGAGUAAGAUAAUCCUUGGGUGAAAUAAAAUUAAAAAUAAAAUGUUCAUGUGUUAUGUUGAGUUUGCUUUGGAAAUUCCCUGUGUUAAUGUGCAGUGAUUCAUUUUUAUUGAACUCACACACCUGUGCCCCUAAUGUGGACCAAUACUCCAACCUUAGUGUUAUUAAACACAGUGAUAACAUAUUGCACAUAGUAAUAACUAUGUUAUUACGCUGGUGUCCACAAGAUAGAUUUUUCUGCUUCUGUAUGCCAGACAGACACUACAAAACCUAGCACUGCCCCGUAAAGCUAAUUCACCCUGACUUGAGCAAUGCAAUAUCAUUAUAAUAUAGCCAUGACCAUGUUUUUGAAAAUGCUUUACUUUUUAGUGUGUGGUAUCACAUUUAUGAUAGAAGGAUGUUUAUUUUAUGAAAGGAACUUAGUAGGAAAAGGCCAGAUUGUCAUGUUUAUGAGAAAGUGUUCAUGUAUAUUUUUUGGAAGGCAGUACUGUAUUAUAAUGAAAGAUAUAGUUUGACCGCAUGGAAAUCACAAAACGCUGGAAACCCUUAUUUAAAUCUUAUUUUAAAUUUGUCCAUGGUGAAUUUUUCUUUUGUAUUUCUUAGAUUCUCAGGAAAGACAGGAUAGACGUCUAACUUGUUUUUACCUUGUUUUAGACAUAGAAAUAGAACUAACAGAACUGUUCAAUUAAUUAUAUUUCUUUAAUAUCUAGGUUGUUUUAGACAUAACAAUAGAAUAUCUUUCAUUGUCAUUCUAACUAGUCGAUAGACGGCUAACAGCCACAAGCCAGUCUAUCAGUAAAGCUGCGCUAGAGUCAGAACUGCAGACCAUUGUCUUUUUCAUCUCCUUUCACACGUCAUGAAGCCAUGGUAGGAACCUCUACUGGUUCCUCAGCAUUUUUUCAUUUCAGGUAAUGGGGAAUGUUUUUUUUUACAGUCAUUAUGCUGUUGACUAUCAAUGAAAUAAUGAAUACAUGAUCAAUUAUUAUAGAAACAGCACACACGUGUAAAUGGGAACAAAGGAGAUAUCGCAGUCUUAAUUUCCUAUUGUAGAUACAGUAUUCGCUGUCGUAGAUGGACCGAUGUUAGAUGUUAUGAAUGUUUAUUCCCAUUGGUCAAACCUCUUAAAAUAAUCUUAAAAUGUGAACACUUAAAAUGACUACAUUUCCCAGGGGGGCAAAGCAGGUUGUAAUGGUGUCAUCAGUGAUGUCAUGGCAAGCAGUUCUGCAGUAAGUGAAAGAUUUGUGACAAGUGAAAACAAAAUGUGGCUGUUAAUGUAGUACAGAUGUGUAUAGAGAAUAGAUGUGAAAUGGUAUAUAUGGGAAACCUAGAAUAUUAUUAUUACAAUGUUCUUUUUCAACUUGAACUGGACAAAAAUAACAAUAUGAUAUUUUUUACUAGGGAUGAGUCAAGUGCUUAUUCUACGUUUGACUACCGUUAAUUAUUUUUUUUUUUUGAUUCAUGUCUCGAAUAUCAAAACAUUCACUAAAAUAAAGAGGUCUUAAGUUAAUAGAUGGAUAUUACAAAAAUGUUUAUACAGUGUUAGACUUGAAGAUUUGUACAUGAAUGCCAGUUAUUUAAAAAAAACAUGUGAACUGUCUUGUCUGAUUGUGUUUGUAUUCAAUAUGAUUUUCUUUGAACUCUUUGUGUUUCUUCUGAAUUCAGUUUUUGUGGUUUCUGUUGUUAAAACCUGUGUUGUUUCUGUAUAUUUUGUAUAAUGUAUGUGAGGAGGUGGGUGAAAGUUCUGAGUUCUGAUAUUUGUCACCAAGGUUUUUGCUGUUGUCGGUUAUAAAGCUAUAGGUUUCUGAUUUGUUAGUUUUCGACAGUUGGGUGUUAUGCUCAGAGAACUAUUCGCUUUAAUAACUCGCUCAAACUGUCAAUCCAGUACUCACUUUACUCCACUAUUACAAGCACUGGAGCAAUACAAACACAAAUUGACAGAUCAACUUCUGAAGGUAGAAAUGGUCAGUGCCAGAGGAGGCCAUUUAUGCAGCCUCAGUUUGUACUCCUUGGUUUGCUUAACUGGCUCAUACCAUAGCCGGUAAGAGCAAAAGGGGGUGUCUUUGUACAAGUGAUUGGCACCACACAGGUGGAAGUAUUUAUUUUUUCUCCAACAUAUGAGUAUUGCACCAGCGAAUGUACAUUGUGUAUACUGUCCAGUAGACUAAUUCCAUUAGCCUGUCAUCCGAACUGAGGCCCCUUUGUUCGUACUGUUGACAGUGACACAACGACGUGUGCAGUGAUCAGCCUGGUUCGACCAGGCUAUAAUCUGUUGGUCGUAGUGUUCAUCCUUGUGUACUGCUCAGACUGACAGAAGCCUCAUUUCUUUACUCUGUGUUAUAGUAUUUGCAACAGAAGAUGACAACAGAAUAAAUACAAAAAAGUGAUGUUUUCUGUGUUUAGUAAAUCUAAGUGUGGUUUUGGUGAAAUUGUGAGUCAGACCAAACUGUGUGCCAAGUUAUGUAAAUAAGGCACAUUUCAGUAUGUGUGGCUUAUUGAUGUUCAAUACAACUGUGUCCAGGCGUCCCAUUGCAAUCUUCUCUGGAUUCAGGUUAUGUCUGAAAUGGCACACAAUUUCCUGUAGCAAGUUCACUACUUUAGGCCAAAUCAAAAAUCUGCGUCCAAUGUGGCACAUCCCUUUAAAGUGUCCCAUGAGCUUUACGGGAAGAUUUGGGGUGCCAUUUCGAAUGCCAACCUGGUCUGAAAUAGUGCACUAUUUGAAUAUAGAGGUACUACUUGGGACACCCCCUUGGGGAAAUGAAAUGCAGUCCAUGCUGUUUUUGGGUCUCCGUGUGUGUUGUUUCACAGCUUUUGAAAGCCAUCUGUCAUUGAGCCCGAUCUACACUGGUGACCUGCUGUAUUUGUUUAAUAUAUCCUGUACUCUAAAAACAUAGGUGUAGUUAAAAAAAUUGAGAUGAAUCAAAUGCUAAUAAAAUGUCCAUGGAUAAAUAAAAGUAUAUACAGACUAUAAAUCCAUGUUAUGAUUGGAUGGAUGAUGUGUUAUACAGCAGUCCAGGAGACCGUGUCUCAAAGAUAACUUAAUGAAUUUUAGAGAAUAAUAACGCAAUGUUUUUUUUGGUGUAUUAUUUUUAUAUUAUUUUGAUCUCUUCCUGAUGGAUAGUAAAACGUUCUUGUUGCA